AUAUGUGCUCGAAGUGCAAACUGAAGAGAAGCCUACACUCGCCAUUAUAGGCUAUUGCAUUUGCUUCUACUCCUACUCAACAUGGCAGGGUAAAACAUACUUUCUUGAAGAUGUUUAUGUGCGUCCCGCAUAUCGUGGCUUAGGUGCUGGUGCUUACAUUUUCCGUGCUGUUGCAGCUAAAGCGAAGGAAUACAAUUGUCAACGUUUGGAUUUUCAUGUGCUCGGUUGGAAUCCGGCGCGAAAAUUUUAUGACAGAAUGGGAGCUAUCGAUUUAACAGAGACUGAGGAAUGGCAUUUUUAUCGUGUAAAUGCUGAGCAAAUUGAAAAAUUGGCCAAUGAGCUGUAAAACUAUUUAAGUAAAACAAUUAAAACAACAAAAAUGCUGUGCAUAUGCGUACAAACGUUUGUAUAUAUUUGCAUUUUUUUUAAUGAUGCAAAUGUGUAUACAUUUAAAAAAUGUACAUUUAAAAAAUUUUGGAGCAACCAAUUUUAUUUUGAAUAAAAUAGCUUUAAUUACAAUGUUUUGACUAAAAUUAAAGUCCAUUAAAUACUAUAUAUUCUUACCCAAAGUUGUAAAUACACUAACCAGAUUAUUUUCAGAAAUGGAAAACAAACCAAAAACUAAGCAUUUAAGCCGGGGAGUAUUUUUCGAAAUUUUAUAGACUUUCUGAGUCUUAUUCAAAUGCAUUCUAGCAUUUAAGAGCGUUUUAUCAUUUCUGGUAACCUCUUUUAGUACAAGCAAACAAAAAACUUGAAUAAAUGUGAUGCAAAAAUAUUCAGUAAAAUAUUAGAAAAAGAAUUUGGCUAGUACCUUUCCACCUUAGAGUAAUAAUGUAGUACAUCAGUUCUACAGUAAGCAUAUUUAGCAAAAAUGCAUCAAUGCAAUGAGUCAGUAGUAUCAUUCUCUUAUAGAUUUUAAUAAACAAACUUUUUUGUUUAUGAA